AUGCAUACCCCUGCAUAUGGGGACAUGCCCCCUGAGGGUAUCUUCUACCAUCAUGCUCAAUCUCACUUGGAAACAGUGUUCUUGAGAGUGCCAGUUGAAAGGCAGGAGAGAAUUGGAAAGGACUCCCAUUAUGAGCAAGAGGGGAAAGUUCAGUUUGUGAUUGAUGCUGUGUAUGCCAUGGCUCAUGCCCUCCAUCAUAUGAACAAGGAUCUUUGUCCUGAUUACCCAGGAGUUUGUCCGGAGAUGGAGCAAGCAGGAGGCAAGAAGCUGCUGAAGUACAUACGCAGCGUUAACUUCAACGGCAGUGCUGGCACUCCAGUGAUGUUUAAUAAAAACGGGGAUGCACCAGGGCGCUACGACAUCUUUCAGUACCACACAACAAACACCAGCGCCCCAGGUUAUCGUCUGGUUGGCCAGUGGACAGAUGACCUACAGCUUAAUAUUGAGGAAAUGCAGUGGGGUAAAGGCAUACGUGAGAUCCCAUCCUCAGUCUGCAGUCAGCCUUGCAAACCAGGAUUUAGAAAGAAGAUGGUUAAAGGAAUGCCAUGCUGUUGGCACUGCGAGCUCUGUGAUGGGUACCAGUACCAGGCUGAUGAGGUGACUUGUCUUCUCUGCUCUUAUAAUGAGCGGCCUAACGAGAACCGCACUGGAUGCCGUCCUAUACCCAUUGUGAAAUUGGAAUGGCAUUCUCCAUGGGCUGUCAUACCAGUCUUCUUGGCUAUGCUUGGAAUUAUUGCCACCAUUUUUGUAAUGGCGACCUUCAUUAGAUAUAAUGACACUCCUAUCGUCCGAGCUUCUGGAAGGGAACUCAGCUAUGUCCUGUUGACGGGAAUAUUUCUUUGUUAUAUAAUUACUUUCCUGAUGAUUGCCAAGCCAGACGUUGCGGUAUGCUCCUUCCGGCGUAUCUUCCUGGGCUUGGGGAUGUGCAUCAGUUAUGCAGCUCUUUUAACUAAAACAAACCGUAUCUACCGUAUAUUUGAGCAGGGCAAAAAGUCAGUGACGGCACCUAGGCUUAUAAGCCCAACAUCACAAUUGGCAAUCACUUCAAGUUUAAUAUCUGUUCAGCUUCUAGGGGUCUUCAUUUGGUUUGCAGUUGACCCACCCAACAUCAUCAUAGAUUAUGAUGAGCAGAAGACUAUGAACCCUGACCAGGCAAGAGGAGUUCUCAAAUGUGACAUUACGGAUCUACAAAUCAUUUGCUCCUUGGGGUAUAGCAUUCUCCUAAUGGUUACAUGUACUGUGUAUGCCAUCAAGACUCGGGGUGUCCCAGAGAAUUUUAAUGAAGCAAAACCCAUUGGAUUCACUAUGUACACUACUUGUAUAGUAUGGCUUGCCUUCAUUCCAAUAUUUUUUGGCACUGCCCAGUCAGCUGAAAAGCUCUACAUACAAACUACCACACUUACAAUAUCCAUGAACUUAAGUGCUUCAGUGGCCCUGGGGAUGCUUUACAUGCCGAAAGUGUACAUCAUCAUCUUCCAUCCUGAACUAAAUGUCCAGAAACGGAAACGCAGCUUCAAGGCCGUAGUGACAGCAGCAACUAUGUCAUCGCGGCUUUCGCACAAACCUAGUGACAGGCCCAAUGGGGAAGCAAAAACAGAACUUUGUGAAAAUGUAGACCCAAACAGCCCUGCUGCAAAAAAGAAGUAUGUCAGUUAUAAUAACCUGGUUAUUUAGUCUGUUUCAUCAGACGGAGACAAGGAGGGAUGAAGGUUUUCAUCCAUUCAGUCACCCGAACUGGCUUAGGCCUCUUCCUGACCUGUAUCCACAGCUGGAGGAGUUGAAGGCCGGGCAGUUAUUAUGGAGACCAAUGUUAGAGGAUCCAAGUGUUCUGAACAGCUUCUAUAUGAAAUAUCCUUAAUUAAUCUUGGCUUAAUAAGUCACUGGCACUGCCACUUAGGCUGUGACCUUGGACCUUCUCCAUGUAUGGGAGGUAUGAUACCUGAAUUCCCAGCUCUGAUACAUGAGUACCCAGCUCUUUAUGGGUGAACUGCAUUUAGCAACAGUGACUUUACAGGGGCUAAGUCUGUCUUUAUAUGUACUUCCAGACUGCAAGUUUUUGAACUUUCUGUACAGUUUGUGAGGAAUUUUGCAUAUUACCAUCCAUGUUGUUUCAACAGUUCACUGUUUGUUUUGAAUGCACAGUUCCAUUGAAGCCCUAUUCUCUGAAACGUUAGCACAUUAAAAGAGAUCUCUCUGAAGAUUGAAACAAACUAUGUACAUGACUUGUAUGAUUAUUACUGUAUCACUGCAAUCCAUGUAUGUUAUUUUUUUAAUUAAACAAAAAAAAAAAGAUAUUUAAAAGACCAAAAACUGUGCUGGCGAAGUGAGCCCCAUUCCCACCCCAACCUUUCCCGCCUUUCAUAACAAUGAUGGGCUGCAGAGGAAACAGAAAGGAUUUUGCUGAGUUUUAAUAGAGGUCUUGAUAUUUGGAAUGCAUGCCAGUAAUGUAUUUUAUGGUAUAUGUUAAUCAUUUAUGUUUGAUAUUUGUAUUUGUGUUCUAUUUUGUUAUUUCAGUUAAGGUAUAUGACUAUUUUGCAAUAAUUUCAAUAAUUCUUAUGGUAUUUGGAAGAAAGAAUAUGGCUUUUACAUGUCUUGAGGUUUUUCUUUGUUGAUGCCCCAUCAUGAUUGACCAGUGUGAUAAGGACUUUAAAAAAAAAGCAUGUAUGUUUUAUACUGUUUGUAAUAAGUAAUUUCGUUAAUCUUGCUGCUUAUGUGCCAAUUUAGUGAAAACAAUCUUUGCCGCAAACCUCCUCCCACCCUUUCCAUUCCCUCAAUCCUGUGAUAUUA